AAUAUAGUGCCCCCCAUUCGAUUCAUUCAACUGUAAAAUGGGUUUGUUUGCUAGCAGACAAAAUGCGACCGUCGAGGAGACAGAUGUGAGCCUCAACCAUCUGUACAAGUAUCCACCACGGUCGGGCAACUAUUUCGGGACACAUUUCAUAAUGGGUGGUGAGAGGUUCGAUACACCGCAACCAGAGGCGUAUCUGUUUGGAGAAAAUGCAGAUUUAAACUUUUUGGGAUCCAAACCAACUCCCUUUCCCUACCCACCGCCCCAAGCGACGGAACCAACGAAAACGUUGAAAAGUCUUGUUAACAUUCGUAAAGAAUCGGUUCGCUUUGUGAAAGUACUUGACGGUGGCAACGGUGUGAAACCGGUUGUUUGUACGGCUGGUUCCGACUCAGCUGUAAAAACGAACCCAACGAACAACGGUAGCGUCAGCAAUGGCUACAACAUUGAGUUUAUCUUCGAUGCCGAUUCCGCUUGCCAAAUUACUAUCUACUAUUUCUGCAUCGAAGACAUCGGACCGGGUGGACUAAAUUACAUCUCGCGCGAUUCCUCCAUGACGUCGGAAACGUUCCACUUCCAGCGGGGUGUGAACCAACUUUUCUCCGCGCCCCAUCACAUUAUCUAUCCGGCUAUGUGCGCCGAGGACGAUCUAACUUACAGUCCGGAAAAGGAAACCUUUCCAGUCGUCAUCCAUUGUGUGGUCGGGGAGGGAAACGCUACUACGACUGCAAACAGCAACAGCGCCAACACCAAUACGACCAGCGUCGCCAACACUACUACCCUCUCUUCCAGUGCAGCCACCGGAGACAGUGGCGAUGGGACUGGAAGUCGCCAGUCGCAUGCCACGAUCUGUGUCAUCGAUCAUCAUUCCGACGGCACGUAUGCAUUGCGUGCGCUGAAGCAAAAAAUAUUCGUCGAUGGAUUGUACUACCUGCUGCAGGAGAUCUACGGUAUCGAGAACAAAUUGGCGAACAAAUCGCUUACGGACGAGGAGACGGAAGAUAAUGGUAGCGAAUGCGUCAUCUGCAUGUGUGACACGCGCGACACACUUAUACUGCCCUGUCGUCAUCUGUGCUUGUGCAAUUCGUGCGCAGACUCGCUACGCUACCAGGCUAACAAUUGUCCGAUCUGUAGGGCUCCGUUCCGUGCGCUGUUGCAGAUAAGGGCUGUUCAGAAGGAUGGUGGCGGCGGUCUUCCUUGUAGCGGAAGCACACCAGCGGCCCAGAAUUCUGCCGAUAGCGCUGAUAACAUUCCUGCCGGUUACAAGACCAUAUCACUCAUCGAAGCUCUAAACGGACCUACAGUUUCAAUGAAAGCGAUAAACGGUAGUAGCGACUCAACUGCUGGAACGGAAAACGGCAGCGAGAAUAAUCGGAAUACCGAGAAUGGAUACGUGUUCCGCAACAAAAUGACCAAAUCAUCGACUGACCAUAGCAGCAAUGGUGAGCUGGCAAAUGGAAGCAUUGUGUCGGAAAAAUCAUCGUCCGACAUCAGGAUGCAUUUACUUUCAUCCGAUGAAACCAACGCCAUAGCAGACGCGGGCAGUGGCGGAUCAAUAGUCGGAGGCAUAGCAAAUCCCACAACCGUAUGCACUAAGAAGGAACUUCUUUCCAAACAUUCGCCCCUCAUGCAGCGUGCCCCGGUAAGCAAGGACAAGAAUCCGCGCGAAAAGGGAAGUCUUCAUCGUACUGGCAACAAUGCAACCAACGGCAGUAACGCGUUGGGUUUGUCGAAAGCGAAAUCACCAUCUGACCGUAGCACGAUGGGAUUUCAUCUCGUACACGAGAAAGCAGCACCGACUGCCGGUGGCCCAGGAGGGAAAUUGACGGAUGCAAAGCUAAACGAUCUAACGGAAAACGAUGACGAUAGUGAGGCAGAAAAGCUGUCGCCGCUGUUACGCAAGUCGGACAGUUACGAUGCUGGCAAGAAACUUUCUACACAUGGCGAUAGUGCUAUGAAGAAGCUGCUGAUCGGUGGAACCGGGAUAAACGUCGGUGUGGAGGGGAACGAAAAAACAUCACCAUCCGCCGUAAUAACGGAACUGUUAAAGGGCGCCAUUAUUGGCAAUGAUGAUAUCGCAGUUGAUGGAUGUCCGGAGAUGGGACUGGUUGGAGGUACCAGAGGUACGAUUGGCGGAGUAGUUGGGGGUGGUGGUGGUGGUGGAGGAGCUAUUAUAUCGAUCGUAACAGACGAUUCCGAGGAUUAUUAUACACCAGAAGAUCCACCGGCAACGAGCCCAUUAAAAUCGAUCGACGAUGAUGACGAACUUCCGAAGCUGGCCGAAAUUGAUACUGGUAGAAAGUUGCUAGUUGCAUCUGUAACAACUACGCCCGGUUCUGCAAUAGGUUCAGUACCGCCUGCGGCUCUGGCGGUAUUGAAGGAAGAGUUUUCGCAGGGUUCGCUACCGGACAGCCCAAUCAGUGGAAACUCGCAAACAUCGACGCGCAGUUCGAGCGAUAGUUAUUCGUCCAGUUCCAGCACGCGCCAACUGCUUUCCUCUGGCGCAGUUCCAAACGACACACCAACGCAUGUGCUGAGUUCGUGUGAUUCUACUGCCAACGGGCAUAGCAGUGUUUCGAAAGGUGCUGAGUGUGGUAUCGAGAGUGACUAA